GAUCAUCACACCUCAGCCUUUAAUCCCAGCAGUGCUGAGCCAGGCCUUCCAUCCCCACACCGAGUCAGCCAGCUGUCCGACUCGGCUCGAAAAUGGCGGAGGAGGAGGGAGGCGUGGAGGAGGGGGACAUAUUCCUGGCAUUUGCCCAGGGUCCCACUCCUCCUCGGGGGCCCCUGCGACGCGCUUUGGACAAGGUCUUCCUCACCUUCUUGGUCCUCUUCCUGACACUGCUGAUGCUGGAGGCUGCUUACAAACUGCUGUGGCCCCUGCCAUGGGGCAAGUUUCGGGACUGGCUCCUGAGGACCCCCGAGGAGGAGGCAGCUCUGGAACUGUGAGCAUCUCCUUAUAG